CAAUAAAAUCCCAGAGAGAAACAAUAUUGGUGCGUAAACUAAGCUCAUAUUCCAGCACUUCAGGCUAUAACAGAGUAGGAGAAAGCUCGGGCGAAGUCCUCGGCUCACAAACCUCAUCAUCAUACUUGUCCUCCUCCCACAACUAGUGAGAAUUUCCUUCCCCAUUUAAAUUAUAAAAAAAAAAAAACAUAUAGUUACAAAAACGGAGCCAAAAAUAUUCGAAAAAACCGGCGAUCCGAGUCGUCGGGAAAGGUCAUCGCCACGGUGGCAAAACGCAUUGUUCCUCUCUCUCUCUCUCUGACUUGUAAUCACUAUCCCAUCUUCAAAGUCUUGUUUGGGUUUCGGAGACACCAGAUUUCCGAUCCUCCUCCGCUGAUCCGUACCAGUUUCCGAGCUUCAGCGUCUGCAAAUUUCAUCGGAAUCCUAAACCCAAAAAAGCCCGCAUUCUUUUGAGUCACGGAAGCUUCGGAUACGGUGCUCUCCUCCCCCCAUUGCAGUACCCAGAAACCGGAAUUCAAUAAAAACACAAGAUUGUGAAAUGUUGAGCUGAGACUAUCAUGAUUCUGAGAGCGUUGUGUGUGGGUCGGGAUUGUGUGUGUUGCAGAUCGUUUAGGGAAGACGACCUGUUGUUCUUGAGAUUCAGAAUCAAAUGCAUUGAGCUCAGGAAUUUGAAGGGUGCGGGCCAAUGAGAAAAGACGACGACUUGGUCAGAACGCGGGAAGGAAUGCACGGUAGUUCUAUGCAUGAUCAGCAUUCCAACUCCGACCGCCGGAUUAUGGACCCCCCUGGCCCCUCCCUCAGAGUAUUUCAAGUUUGGAAAGGAAACAAUAAAUUUUGCUUCAAUGGCAGACUGAUAUUUGGUCCGGAUGCCAAGUCAUUGAUUCUUACUGUGUCGCUGAUUGUGGUUCCGGUCAUCUUGUUUUGUGCUUUUGUUUCUAGAGGACUAGUUCGUAUUUUCCCCUACCAUAUUGGCAAUUUUAUCGUGGCUUUAGCUGUCGUAUCUACAGUCUGUGUUGUUAGUCUUCUCUUGAUUACAGCUUCAAGAGAUCCUGGCAUUAUUCCUCGAAGCCUGCAUCCUCCUGAACCAGAAGAUGAUGGUUAUAUGUCUAGUAUGUCAUCUGAGUGGCCAGGAAGUCAGAAUGGACCACCAACUGUACCACCCACAAAAGAUAUAAUGGUUAAUGGCUCAAUUGUCAAGGUCAAAUACUGCCAUACAUGCAUGCUAUAUCGUCCGCCCCGAUGCUCGCACUGCUCUAUAUGCAACAAUUGUGUGGAGCGUUUUGAUCACCAUUGCCCAUGGGUGGGGCAAUGUAUUGGGAGAAGGAAUUACCGAUUUUUUUUCCUGUUUGUGUCCUCCACAGCCAUGCUGUGCCUCUAUGUCUUUGCCUUCUCCUGGGUAAACAUCAUGAAAAUAAUGGAUGCUUACCAUUAUGAUCUCUGGAGAGCUUUAUUGAAGUCACCUGUUUCAGGAAUUCUAAUUCUAUAUACAUUUGGAGCUGCUUGGUUUGUUGGAGGUCUCAGUAGCUUCCAUCUAUAUUUAAUCUGCACCAAUCAGACAACUUAUGAGAACUUCCGGUAUCGCUACACUAUCAAGAUGAACCCGCAUAAUCGUGGGUGUUUUGAAAAUAUCGCGGAAGUUUUCUGCUCUAGAAUUCCUCCAUCUAAACAUAACUUCAGGGAAAAGGUUAAGGGCGAGUCGUCUUCUGUCUAUACCAAUUCAACAAUUUCAUUAGGUCAUCCUAUGAGCCCAGAGAUGCCCAAACCAAGAUAUGACAUAGAGAUGGGAAAACGCCAAGCUGUGGCUGCUGAAGAUCUUGAGGAUCUACAGAGUCAGAUUGAUAGUGUUGUUGGUAUGGAUAGGUUGGAGAGGUGUGGGACUCAGCCGAGGCAUUCAAACUGGGAUCAGAAAGCCAACUGGCCAUCCACACCUGAUAUACAAAUCUUGGCUGCUGAGUUCGGAAUGGAAGAUGGUUCAACAACAGGCAGACAGAAGAUUGAAGGGCCUAGUGACCUAAAGUAGAGCAAUUUAUGUUUGAUAUUAGAGCCAAGUUUGAUAAUAGUUGCUAAUCUGGAUGAUUGGAAUUGGAUACUGACAUAGUGCUGAACUCCCGCCAUUGGAAGGAUGUUAUCACACUUGAGUUCUCAGUGGUAGGACUGAUUCAGAAUGAAAGCUGCGGGUCAGUUAAAACAGUGAAGAGACAUUUGACAUAAAUCAAACUGCAUUUAUGGCUACCUGGAUUGAAGUAUAUUCUUCAGGAAACCAUGGUCAUCAUCACAUAUUCAUUAUUCUUGAUUGAAUCCCAGAAGAGCUCGUAGAAUGUGGUGCAGUUCCGGAGAUGGCUAUCAGUCAUGCCAGCAAUUGUCAUCCAUGGGAUAUAUAUGUGAGUUGUUUUAGAUUUAAGUUGAGGAAAAAAAAAAAAAAAA